AUGACAUGCUGGUCGCUAUGUCGGCGGUCUGGGAAGGACGAGAGUCCGCGGCGCGGGUGGCCUCGAUUAUGACUUCUGCAGCGAGGACUUCUGCGAAGGAAAAUGAUAAUUAUUCGGGGACGAGACAGGAGGAGGAGGGCGAAGAAGAAGAAGAAGAAAAAGAAGCACAAGUACAACAACCCGGGGACGGCCGGAACCGAGCAAGAACAACAACCCCCAUAUCCCUGUCGUCGCCUGCAAGAAGGCAGUCUGCGUUCAAGAAAAAAGACAAUCCAGUGGCCGCGAACAAGGAGAGCGUCUUAUCAAAAGGAAAAGUCCCCCUUCCCCAUAUCAAAACGAAGUUUCUGAUGCCGGAUUUGCGUACACAAAUCUGAUUUGUCUUGCAGUAAGGCAGCGCAGCCAGAUCCUCGGCCUAGGUAGGGGCGUUUGGGUCUAGUUGCUUAGCAUUACAAACGGCUGCCCCCUAGGCGCAACAGCAUGCCUAAUCGCUUCCAUAAUGGAGCGGAAGUUUCUGCACUUGUCUUCUUGCAAGACAGACGUGAUUUGUGGUCUCAAAUCAGCAACGCAAAUUUUCGGAAUCAUACUUUUUCGAUAUGGGGAGGGGGGAUUUUUCCUUACAAUACGUCUUCAUGAGUGCUGACUCGGCCGCACCG